GUAUGUGUGAAUGUCUGUGUGUGAUUUACUGACUUUCCCCCAACACACAUUUCUUUGGUUAAUUGAGAAAACAACCACAUCCUUUGAGUUGAAUGUAUAUGAAGAUCUAAGGGCAGAGAGAGACCAGAGCACCUCUUUCUUCAGACCAAAACCAGAUCUAAAGAAGACUUAUCCUCCACAUCAGGACCCUCUGAAGGACCAGAAAAUGACACUCUUCAGAGUCUUCAGUCUCUGGGUCUUCAUCAUUCUAUCUUUGUAUCUGCAAACAGGUGACUGUACAAAGAUAAUUGGUGGAACAGAGGUGAAGCCUCACUCUCUCCCCUACAUGGCCUUAAUCUCUCGGAAAUUCAAUGAAACACACACGUCUUGGUGUGGAGGAAUCCUCAUCGACAGUGAAUGGGUCCUGACUGCCGCUCACUGCGGUGAAAUGGAGUUAGUGUAUCUAGGUGUCCACAACAUGAAACAACCUGGCCAUGGUGUAAAAGUGAAAAGGAACGUUCCUCAUCCUGACUACAUGACUGAAAAGAAAGGCAACGACAUCAUGCUGGUCCAGGUAAGGUGA